GAUGAUGGCGGGCUCAGAUGCAAGUUAAUUGAAGUCAAUAUGAGCGACUUAAAGAUUGCGGUUGUGGGUGCCGGAGUGAUCGGUGUAACAACCGCUUGCCAAUUACAAAAGCGAUUUCGAAAUGCAAAAAUCGACAUUUUGGCCCAUGAAUUUUUCGAAGAUACUACCAGCUACGUGGCCGCGGGUCUUUUCCGUCCUGGGACCAGCUUUUGCGGACCCUCUGAAGAUAUAACAAGAAAAUGGAUACAAGAUUCAUACGAGUUUUGGGACGCAUUGCGAAAAACAAGUGAAGGGAUAGAAGCCGGAAUUCUUGAGGUAUCCGGCUAUAUAUUUUCCAGCGAAUUUCCGGAAAUCGUCAGAAACAGAUUUCUGGAACAAGUCUGUCCGGUGUAUCGUUCGGCCACUCGAGCUGAACUCGGGCUGUGUCCAGGAAAUUGGAAGUUCGGUUCAUUUUUCACCACUCUCCUCACCCAGAGCAGCUACUACAUCCCAUGGGCCACGCGGGAGUUUCAAAGCCACGGUGGGCAGCUAAUUCGACAGAAAGUAGCCUCCUUGGAGCAUCUGGGGACGCAGUACGACGUAGUUGUAAACUGUACAGGAUUAGGGGCGAAGACUUUGUGCAAUGACCAUCACUUGGUGCCUAUAAGAGGACAGGUGUCCAAGGUAAAAGCGCCGUGGAUCAAAACGUUUUUCUACGGCGAUUUGGACACCUAUAUUAUACCAGGCGUGGAUUCGGUAACUCUGGGAGGGUGCAGGCAAUAUGAAUCAUGGGACCUCAAGGUUAACGACUUUGAUUCUAUGAACAUUCAGCAGCGUUGUGAGGCUCUUGUUCCGAGUCUUAAGGGCGCUGAACUGCUGGGACAUCAAGUGGGUCUGCGGCCGCACCGAGCAGUUGUAAGGGUUGAAAAGGAGGUGAAAAACCCCAAUGGGAAGAAACUGAAAAUUGUUCACAACUACGGUCACGGCGGCUAUGGAGUUACCACAGCCCCGGGAACUUCACUGUACGCCUGCGAUCUUGUUCAAGAGAUUCUCUCAGGCAAUAGCAAAUUGUAGUGUUGUAAACUUCGGUACGUGCACUAGGCUUGGGUAACACUGUGUUGAGUUACGCUUUUGCGCUGAUGCCCCUCUGUGAGUUGGCGAGUUAUAACUCAUCGCGCCUUACUGUAUGGUAGGGAUGGGAGGAAAACAUCGAUGUUUCGCAAACAUCGAUGUAAUUCGUUCGAAGUUCGAUAUUUCUACCAUCGAUGUUGGAAAUUUGGGACAUCGAUCAUGAAAUGAAAACAUCGGACAAGUUCAAAUCAAAUCAAAUGAAAAUACGUUUUAUUGACACGAAAAAAUUCACAAAUUUUAUGGACAAAGCGAAAAAAAAAAACAAAAUACUACAACAUAAAGUACGUACAGUACAGUCAACAAUGGUGAAAAAUUAAAAAAAUAUAGUAAAACAGUACAAAAUACAUCACGAACAAUCAGUUGAAUCAAUUUAGUGGAUUAUUUAACAUUGCAUUGUUUUAAAAUGUCAUAGUAGUAGUAAAAGAAAAUUAUUUAAGUUUAA